GAUGACCCACACACAGCCCCAGAUGCAGUGAUGUGCGACUUGCAGACCCUCUCCGGUCUGCCCGAAGGUCCACCGACGUUGGCGGAACUGUUUCAAUGGCCCAGUUGGGUCGCUUGGAAACUGCAGGAGGUUUCGCCAGACGCCAAAGCAAUGUUUGAUCGUGUUCGCGCGAACGCAGCCAGUUUGAUAUGUACAUCCGAGUUCUCCGGCAUGGGUACUGCUGAAGUAAGUCUGGAGUUGGGACUUCAAGGCUUCCAGGACCAAGGUGUGAAGUUGUCAAGACGUGGCAAAUGCAGCUUGCAUGCUGCAGACAAAGCGCCGGCCUGUGUGGAGAUGAUGAAAGGAUUGGCCUCGCCCCCUGUCCAUAUUCAUGAUGACAUCAACGGGCGGCUCUCCCGGACAUCGUUUCAAGCCCUUGACGCCGUUGAGAAAUGGGCUGCUGAACAAGUGCUUGCCUUAAACAAUGACAAGGCAAACCAGGAAGCGUUGGGCAAUGAGAUCCUCGAGAAAUAUUUGGCCGUGCUCAGCAGGGAGCACGCCUUCCUCACGCAUGGUAUGUGCCACCAACAUCCUCGCAAGACAUGCCCCCUGCCACACACCUCCCUGAAGAAAUUGAGAAUGAAGCACAAGAAGCUGCUGUCAAUGAACGUGAGUGGAACUGAAUGCUACGAUGUGUCGUCUAUGGGUAGACAAAGGGGGCUGACGGGCCAGACGGCUCGCACACUAGCCCUUUGGAUUGCGCAAAGGCGCCUGGCCUUAGAGGCCGGUGCUGCUUGCAGGCUUUUCUUCUAG